UCAUCUGAUUUGAGAUUUUAGUUUUGUUCAAUGAUUUUUAAGUUAAAUCGGAUUGGAUUUUUGUACAAUUCUGUAAUUCGAACACAAAUUAGGCGAGCAGCAAAGUUGGGCAGUACUCAACUGAAAAACAGAAUGAGCACGUGCACAGCUUUAGACGAUAACAAAUUGGAUAUUGUUUGGAUGGAUUUGGAAAUGACUGGACUGGACAUAAAUACAGACCAGAUACUGGAACUCUCCUGUAUUAUAACCGAUAAGCAUCUCAAUAUUAAAUCAGAGGGUCCUUCCUUUGCUAUACGACAUCCGCAACAUGUGUACGACAACAUGAACGAAUGGUGCAUGAAGCAUCAUUACGAAUCUGGACUGGUGGAUAGAUGCAAAGAGUCGAAUGUAACUCCAGAGCUGGUGGAGAACAUUGUCUUGUCGUACCUUAAGGAGAACAUACCACAGGGACAAUGUCCGUUAGCUGGAAAUUCUAUAUAUAUGGAUCGUUUGUUUAUAAAUAAAUUUUAUCCCGCGGUCGAUAAAUAUUUAUUAUAUCGGAUCAUAGACGUGUCUACCACUAAAGAGCUGGCUACCAGAUGGUAUCCGGACGUGUCAAAAGCCACUCCACGCAAAAUGCUCGCUCAUCGCAGCUUGAGCGACAUUAAGGAGAGUAUUGCAGAAUUGAAAUACUAUAAGGAGCAUUUAUUUAAAUGAAUUUAAUAUUAAGUUCGAUCCAAUUUAAAUGCAAAUAAAACUGUUCAGUUAGUACGAAUAUGAAAGCAAAA